UCCGACCCGACAAAGCAAGCGCCGCGAAGCGAAGCGAAAGCUCUGGUUCCGCGACCGCGAGCUUGAUUUCGGAACGAAGCUAGGGUUUAGGCUUCCGUUGCGAAUCGAGAAGGGGGCAGGGAGUAGGAGCGGCGGCGGCGAUGGCGGCGGAGGAGGACAUGACGGUGAAGGAGCCGUUGGAUCUGAUACGGCUCAGCCUCGACGAGCGCAUCUACGUCAAGCUCCGCUCCGAGCGCGAGCUCCGCGGCAAGCUCCAUGCAUAUGAUCAGCAUCUCAAUAUGAUACUUGGAGAUGUUGAAGAGACAGUGACUACUGUAGAAAUUGAUGAUGAGACUUAUGAGGAGAUCGUUCGCACGAGCAAACGCACUAUCCCCUUCCUUUUUGUCCGAGGAGAUGGUGUGAUACUGGUUUCUCCGCCCUUGCGGACCGUUUGAAUGCUGGGUUGGUGCGUUCUGCAAUCCCAGGAGCAGGAAUUGGGGAACUGUUAUAGGGAGAAUCAACAGCAGGUUUCUGAGAUUUGCACAGGUUUAUAGACACUAGACAGCAGCGUUGUACGUCAGCAGUGGCUGUGUAUUUGAAUCUACCUCCCAGUAUGGUCAGCUUAAUCUUAUCCAGGGGUCGGCUCGGUAAUGUACGGCGAACGAUAUCACAUGAUCAAUCUUUCCAGUAAGUCGUCGAUUGAUUGGUGUUCUGAUCCUCUUCUCUCUUUGCUGUGUGAAUGUGAGUGUGAACUGAGUUGACAUUGAUCCAUGUGAUCGCGUUCCCUGCCAGCUACUGGUCUAGUACCAUUUACCA